ACUCCCACAUUGUCUCUCUCUCUCUCUCUCUGUAACGCCCAAAGCAUUUGUCCCAACUCCACAGCACUCUCUGGUCUUUCAAAACCCAAACCAACAAGUAAACAAUGGUCCAAUUCUUGAUCACCUACAAGAAUCUGAUACUCCAAAUCUCACUCUCCCUCACUCUCACCCUCCUCCUCACCUUUCUCAAAAUCCCCGUCUUCUUUCUCCGCGGCCUUCACACCUACAUCCACCCCGACAACGUCCAGAGCGGCGUCCGGGCCGCCAUCCGCCGCCCCGACGGCCCCGAUUCCGCAUCUGGGCAGCCCUCCAAAUCCAACCCCGAGCUCAGGAAGCGGUCAAAGUCAAAAUCCAACCCCGAGUUCGAUGAAAACAAUGCUCAGAUCUUCCGCCUCAAGCUCGACGAGGCCCACCUCCAAACCCGCCUAUAUUUCAAUGAGUAUUCCAAUGCCUUCACUUUCUCUUUCGUUGCAAUUUCAUGUCUUUUGCUUCAGUUGUUGUACUUGAAUAACGAAUCGGACGAUAAAAAUUCUGGGUUUUUAGUUAAUGGGGUUUUUGUUCCGGUUUUGUUGGGAUUUGCCGGUGUUUCUAAGCUGUUGGUUUUGCUUGGUAAAGUUGCGUAUGAGAAAUCCGCUUCGAGGCGGUCCGAGAAGCAAUUGAGUGUGAUUUUGGUGGCUGUGGGGUUGGUUUUAGGCAAUGCGAUUUGCUUCACGUUUAGUCCUAAGUUUUUCGAUUUCAAUUUCGAGUCUAUUGAUGGGUUCGGGAAGAUGUUUAUUGCUGUUUUGAUGGGAUGCUUUUCGGGUUUUCUAUUUAUUCCGGCAGUGAAGAGUGCGAGGUGUUUUUGGCUUGGAACUGAUCAGAUUAGGUCUGAUUUGGUAAUGCUGUCAUGUGAUUGGUUUGGCAGAGCCGUUCUGUAUGUGAAUCAUAUGAUGAUUGUGUUCACCGUUUUGUUGUGGAUUAAUCCCUUGGCUGGAAUGUUCGUGAACAAGAACAUCGAUCGCAAGAGUGGAAGUGCGGAUAUGUUGUUUGGAAAUAUCGGAUUUUCACCUUCGGAUUUUGCUAAAUUUAGGGUUUGGUGCUUGCUGGCUACGAGUUUAGUACAGAUUGUUGCUUUACGCCCGAACAUACAAAUGUAUUUGAACGAGGCAUUGCUGUCUUGGUAUCAAUGGUUGCAUGCUAGCAGGGUUCCUGACUUGGAUUUCAGUAGGGCUAAGGUGUUUUUGCACAAUCACUACUUAUGCCUUGUAGUUCUACAGUUCCUUGGACCACCCGUUUUGUUGUUCCUCUUUCUUGGAUUGUCUCAGAUCGAUGGUGUCUCUCCGGAAAAUUACCCAUACAUUUGUAGUCUAGCUCCUUGCUCUGCGUUUGUGAAAGAAGUGGCUCUCUUUAUGGCUUGGUGGAUCCUCUUUGUUUGGACGAUUUACAGUUCAGCGACCAUUUUUCUUUAUCGGCGCUGCAUUUUGUACAUGACUUGACGACUUUGAUCUGCUGAUUCAACCUUCAAAUUAAUCCUUGAGUUGGACUUUUCACGAAUUUUGAGUGAGAGUGUUAUUGUGCUUUGUAACAGAAUUUUGAUUUGCUUGACCAGUGCAAUUCUGCCUCCUGGAGGGAAGGGGGAAGGGAGGAUCGAACGCAUUAUCUGGUAUAUACUUUGGCCUCCUCUGUUUAUUUUGUUGUUACAUUGAUUCACACUCAUUUACUACAUGUUAGGGUUCUGCUAUUGUAUUUUCUUUUGUAAACGUCAUAACUCGUGGCAAAUUAGAUUCAAUUUUGAGCGUA